CAAUCACAGUUAAUCAUUAAACAAAAAUGAAGCUACAUCUAGUCUUAGUAUUGAUCUGUUUAAGUCUUGCAGCUGCUCAAGCUGUUAGAAAAGCACCUAAAGCAGCAGGACGCUUAAUUGCGAUAGCAAAUCCCGCACCUGCUCCCUCUCCUUCUUAUCAUGAUUAUCAUCCACAUUAUCCAUCACACUGUAGUUGCCGACCUGGUCCACCUGGACCUCCGGGACCAGCAGGACCCCCAGGUCAACCUGGAGCACCAGGACUAAAAGGCGAUCGCGGUGAUCCUGGUUAUCCAGGUGCUCCCGGAAGACCCGGUAAACCAGGUAGACCUGGUUUGCCCGGUGACGUAGGCCAACCUGGACGUCCUGGUCGUCCAGGUCAGCCAGGUCCAGUUGGUCCUCCUGGUCAUCAUGGUCAUGGUGAUCAUCCUCAUCCCCAUCCACCAAUCAUUGUGCAACCACCUGCACCCGUUUACCCACCUUAUCGUCCUGGACCUGGUCAUCACCAUCAUCAUCACCACCAUGGUGGUUCUCGUCCUCCAAUUAUUAUUCCAGCUCCAGCACCACCUGUAUACCACCCUCCAAUUUAUCCAGGAUAUCCCGGAUAUCCUUAUCCUUAUCCCACUGAAGCACCAACUACCAAAAACCAACUACUAAAAAACCAGAAACCGAAAACAAAAUAUUUUAUGAUUACUAUGAUGACGAACGCAAAUUCCCUGAUACUGGCUACACUCAUACUAUCGAUGAACCAGAACACCAUAAAGAAAAUGCAGCUGCCGUUGAAAAUGAAUCUGAUUUACAAGAUAUAUAUAAUAAUAUAGAUCAACAAAUUGAAAGCAGCGCAGAGGCGGAUAACUCACAAGAGAUCCCAGAAGAUACUCGUGCCUACGAUCCAUAUUAUGAAGAACAAUCGCCCGAAGACUUUGAUAAAUUUCAUCUAUCACAAGCAGCUCGUUUCUAUAUGGCUGUAAACGUUUUGCCCGCAAAACGUCCUAAAACGUCCUACAGGGGUAGGAAAACAGCUUGAGUAUCACGUUAAAUAAAUGUUUGUAAUUUUGUUUUAAAAAUUAUGAACGCAGUAGUUAGGAAAUGGUCAAACAUACAAUUUCUAUAAAUCAAUAGUUUAAUUUUAAGAGCUAAACAAUUCUUUAAGUUCAAUAACACAUUAAACGUAACUGGAGUUUCUAUGUAAUAUAAAUUAGUUGUGAUAAUAAAACAACAAUAAAAAUAUUUAAAAAAA